AUUCUAUUCUAUUUUAUUUUAUGUUAUUUUAUUUUAUUUAUCUGGGUGCCUAAGGAGCAGCGACCCCCCCAGAGGCCAAAUCCUAGAAACGCCCCUGUUAAACGACUUCGUCGCUUUCCACACUAGACAUCCGGUUUCCCUUUCUCCCUUCAAAAUAAAAGCCCGAAUUACUAUGUUUGAAAGACGAUAUUACUGAUAUACUUGCCUAUUCUUCUUUUGUUUGUUCUUUACAUGUUUUACAUGUCGUGUCAUCCUAUAUUUUAUCUUGUCAUUUUGUUGUUUUGCUAAAACAGACGCUUGUCAUUCAUCUUCUUGCACUUUCAGUAGCAGACCAACCGGAAGUCUUAUUGUUGUUGUUGCUAGCUCCUCACCCGCGGAACUUGACUGUCGUUUUCCGGUCGCGACUCUGCACGUGUUUAGCCACACACUGAGGAUUUAGGACAAUUUUACCGCCGUUUAGUGUGUUUUUGGCUUCCCUGUUUGCUUCAAGGUGUAACAGGUGUAGUCCGAGGUGCUGAGCGCGUGUCAUGAUGACCGGAAGAGGAGAAAGGUGUUUAUGGGUGCUAGCUAACAGCGGGGGCCGGGGAGCUAACGUUAGCUGAGCCGAGGAACAACAUGUUCAGACUUGUUCCCAGACACACUGAGAGGGCGCAGGAAGAGCAGCACACACAUCAGUAGACACCCGGACAGUUGCUUAAUAAUCAUUAACGACACAUAAGAUGGAUUAUCAGUUCCCACAGCAGCUGUUUCCCUCGUUUUAUAACUGCGGACCUCCGGACUCGGUCCUAAAGCACAGCGCCGGGAGCUGGGGCUGCUACGACCGAGUCAGACCUCAGGGCAGCUCUGGUCCUCUCUCCAGCUGGACAUUCACAUCCAGACAUCAGGCCAGAGGGGAGACGUGGCGUCACACUGAGCCGGUACCGCUUCCUCUCCUGUCCCCGAAAAACUCUUUCCUCUGGCCGUCGACGCCUCCAGAUCCACUGGACUUCACAGAACAUAUGCAGAACUUCUUCAUGGACCACUGCCAGGACGCCUUCGGGUGCAUGGGUGAAAUCCUGAGCAGCAACUUCAGCUUCAAAGACGGAAGGAGAGAGAAAUAUCGCAAGAAUUCAAUCCACAUGUGGAAGCUGAAAAAAUUCCUCGACGCGCUGAAGUUUAAAGUAUGUCCGCAGCCGUAUUCCUGCGGGACGCUGGACAAGUACAGCGCCCUGCUGUCGGACGUGGUGCCCUCCGUGCCUCCUGAGCUGCUGGGUCCUCUGCUGUACGAGGAGCUGACAGAGCAGAGAGACCGCAUGCUGUUCUCUGAAGGAGCCACAGGGGGCGCUUUGGCCUUUGUGCCCUUCUCACAGAGCGGCAGCGACUCUCAGCGCGGCUGCCUCCUCUACCCCAGAAACCAGGGACUGGACUGCCUCAACUUCCACAGAGUGGAGCUGCAGCACCACAGAGGAGGUUCCUCCUGUGUGGACGCCGGCAGCAGCGACCCGUUCAGCUUCCAGCUGAAAGGCCCCGUCAGACAGAUCAGCGCCGUCUCUCUGCUCAACGACUGUUGUGUUGCAGUGCGGUCAGAUCACCUGUGUGGCGUUUGGAGGUUCAGUGAAAGAGACGAACCUCGUCUGCUGCAAGUUGUCAACACCAGAGAGGUGGCGACCUGUAUCAGCGUCAGUCCUCAUGUUUUAGGUGAAGUUCUGGUGGCGAGUGAGAGCGGAGCGGCCAAUCUGUGGACUGUCGGCAGAGGGAUGCAGAAGGUUCGAGAGGAAGACGACAACCUGUACUUUAAUGCCAAGUCGUCGUGGAGAUGGUGCGAGUUCUCCGCCCAUCCCAGGGUGAUGCUGUACGCAGACAGGACGGGGGUGGAGCUCACAGACAUCAGGGUGAGUCCUGCCUCGAGUCACACUCUGUUUCGUAUCAGCAGCACUCCGGAGUGUCGCAGUGGGGAGAGACUUAUUCUGUCCAGAUAUCUAGGAGACAUCCACCCGUUCCACCACCUCAUCACCACACAGCACUCGACGUACAUUAUGGAUGAGCGUUUCCCCUGCAUGCCCAUGAUCAAGUGGGAUCACAUGAUGCAGUCGCCGCCCAUGUUUUGUCACACUGUUCGUGGCUCUGCGUCCUCUGGCUCUGCAGUGGGCGGGGCUAGGACCACAAAGAUCCUGCUGGGGUCCCAGAGCUCUCAGGAAAUCAUGCUGCUGCAGUACUCAGGAGGCAGAGUGGAGGCCUGUUCCAGUCGAGGUCCUCCUCAGGCGCUGCACAGACCCAGAGACAGUCUGAAACACCUUCCUGUCCAGAUCCCGCACCGCCUGGACACCGCAACCAACAGAUUGUCCUCACCUGCUGCAGGUCUGACGUGUAUCCAGACGAGAGGAGGAAGAGAGGCAGGUGGCGAGGAGUGUAUCUGUAUCCUACAGCUGACGGAGGCGGGAGAUAUUUUCUACCAGAUCCUCGAGCCUGAGCAGCCGGACACCUCCCGACCUCCCGCUGCAGACGACGCACCGCUGCCACAGCCAGCUCUGAGAGAAGCCACGACUUCAGGGAGAAAAACAGCCAAACAGCAUCAGCCGCAUUCUCAGAUGGUUGUAUCGGACACGUCGAGCGAUGAGGGCGUCAUCGGGCCGACUCAGGCUCCGACUGCGCUGAGGCUUGUGGCUGAAACACCUGAGAGGGAACAACGAGUGCAGGACGCCUACCCUGACUCUUCCUCUGAGGACUCAGAGUCCCGAGGGAGAGCUCGAAACCUGAAGCACCUGAAGGUGAUCGUCAACGAUGAUCCAGAGCUGGAUCAAGCGAGUGAAGUGGACACAGGUGUGGAAGAUGGAAAGGUGGCUGAUGAUCCUGAGGAACCCGUCAGCGGCUCCGGGAGUUUGGGUUCCUCUGAGAGUCCGACUCCAGUGAAGCUCAGCGACGGCGCUCUUGUCACGUGGAAACACUGGCUCCAGAAAUUGAUGCACAAGAGUCGUGAGAAGAAGCCCCGCCCACGCUCCCUUCAGCACCUCACAGUUGAAACUGGAGACCUCCUCCACCUGUCUGACGAUGGAGCGAGAGAUUCGGCAGAGGAGGAGCGUGUGCAGAACCUGAGGCGUGAUCUGAGGGCGUGCAUGUCAAAGCGCUCGCUGCUGGUUCACAGUGCCACCUCUGCGUCCCUCGGUGCUCAGGACAUGGUGAUGGUGCCAAACAUUGUGUAUACAGACGCCUGGACAGAUCAGAUCAGCCACCGCCUCACCCUCUCCUGGCAGGGGGAGGAGGUGUGGCGGGCGUGGUGGGAGGACCAGCUGGGGCUCAACAGGGAGGAGAAGGUGGAGGCUCUGAGGAGGAAGAGGAGGAGGGAGAAGGAGGCGAAGAGAGCCUCCGGUCGACGCCUGGAACUGUCUGGGAGCUUCACCUCGUCCGUCAGCUACCAGUCAGAGCUGAACGACUUCUCUGAUUCGACGGGCUGGUCCUCUGCGGCGAGCCUGGGGGCGUGGUCAGACACAGAAGGUAAGCUGUCUCAGGUGGAUGGCUUUUUGGAGAGUGGGACGCCAAGAGCCACAACACCCUCCACCCUGCAGACUGACACUCCAGUCCCCAGACUGACCCCCACAGCUGUUAAAGACAAACUAAGCGACCAGCAGACUCCCAGCAGCUUCCGCACCCUCGCUCUGACCCAGACACCAAAACUUGACCCGACACCAGCCAGUCAGAGGAGGAGCAGACGUCCAGCUGAGGACUACCUCCACUCUCUGUUUGCACCACAGGAUGAGCCCUCGCAGCAUGACGGUUACUUCCUGGAAGAGGGCAGCGCCAUGCACCAUCCACCUCCACCUCUGUCCUUGUCCUCCUCUCAGCUCCGCGGCUCCCAGUCCGUCUCUCAGAGGAGCCUCAGGAUGGAUCCGUCCCAGGACUCCUCCGUCUGGACGGGUUUCUCCCAGUCUCAGUCCCUCCUGCAGGGUUCACAGGGUCGACGGGCGCUGACACAGGGAUCACAGGGAUCGCAGCCCAAGAAGAAGAAGUCGCGAAUGGGAUUUUGAUUCAGUGGUGUGUCGGCCUGUAUCGUUUGGAAUACUACAAGUGUUCAUAUUACUCGGGGAAAUGACAAACAAGAGACUGGACUGAUUUAAAGGACUGUUUUUCACAUUUUGGGCGUCGUCAGCUGCUGCAGGAUUUGUUAAAUGGAUGUAUAAUGGUAUUAUUCACUGGGAUUGUACGAAUAAUGAACAAAUUGGAUCUAAUGGAGGACUGAGGCUGGAGAAGGAUCCAUCGCACUGUCAGUGACCUGAAGACGUCUGUGAACUGGCUGAAGACUGACUGCAGGUUGGUUUGGACUAAGCAGACUUUAUUAUUGUUUUGUGCAUGUGCCUUUUGUUUGAUGAGGUGAUAUUGAGUGUGUGUGUGUGUGUGUGUGUGUGUGUGUGUGUGUGUGUGUGUGUGUGUGUGUGUGUGUGUGAGAUAUAAUGUAAGGUAUGUCAAAUAAGCUGUCACUCAGGCUGCUGGGUUUGCUUUCCAUGAUGUGGUCACACUGACUGAGCUGAUGUUUAACUCUGUUACAGGUCUGGCGUUUAUUCCUGUCUGUCAUGGAGACGGGUUAAAGAGUAACUUCAGUAUUUAAAAAUCUGGACACUAUUUUUCCACGUUUUUAUGUCUAAGUGACUAACGGGAACAGCAGUUUUUAAAAUUGUUCCAGUACUGUUCAAGAACGCUGCAGCUUGCAGCGACAAACAGGCUGUAAUGUAACCACUCGGGUUUUGUUGAGCCAGAGCCUACAGAACCAGACUACACGCUUAGACCAGGCCUAAAAAUUGACGAUAUUGAUGAAUUUAACCCCUUUGUUCCCAAGCUGGAGAAGAGCGUCAGCGGAAGCAGCCCAUCCAGGGAUCGCCUUCUCCUCACUGUGACGAUGCUCCUUCUGGCCGCUCUCUUCAUCUCCUAGCAACGGCCAUCCCAUCAGCACCAUCCCAUCCUUUCAUAAUGUUGUCAGACACUUAGAGUAACAAUCUGAGCCUGUCAGUGACAAAAACAAACACUUGCGUGGACGUAAACUGACGAUGCAAACAUGCGUCAAGUGAUUACACUGCAGCCUGUUUCUCUCACAAUACUGGACUUAUUUCUAAAAUCGUUGCUCCCGUUCGUCACUUAGACACAAAAACAUGGGAAAAUAUGGUCCUUUGACUGGAGGGUGCUGCUUUUCAAGCUGUCUGAGACCUUUAUAACUGAGAUUAGGCUGACAUUAAAGGAUAACUUCGGUAUUUUUCAACCUGGGCCCUAUUUCCCCAUGUGUAUGUGUGCAUAUGAUUCAUAGGUACAACUCGUUCUAAAAUUGGUUCAGUAUUGAGGGAGGCGGAUGCAGCCGGCAGCCGCGAAACAAGCUAAAAUGGUAACGGGGGCAAAUGCGUCCCGUAUAAGUUUGUGCAUUAAAAGUGCUUUUUUUCGCCACUGACCGGUUCAGAUCGCCAGUGCUAUCUCUGUAAAUAGCAUACUAAGCGUUUCCCUUACCCUUCACUUCCUGUGUGCUGUGUGACGUCAUCUCGCGAGAGCUUUGCUUGUUGCCGGAAGAAAACAGAGGAGCCAUGCAGAGCGCCGCUCAGAGUGGCGCUGGUUGUCCCGGAGUACAGUUGAGAGUUUUACUGCAUCGAUUGAAAACAAUGGUUCGUGUUUGUGCUUAUCCGAAUUGCAAGAACAGGAUGUCGCGCAACACCCCGUACAGCUUUCAUAGGCUGCCUUUGUCGGACGGCGAGAUGCUUAAGUUGUGGCUAGUUGUGCUACAAAUGGAUGCUAACACUCCUGUCCAGACACUGCGCCUUGCAGACCAUCGGGUCUGCAGUGCUCACUUCUCCCAAGAUGACUACUUCCAGCCGAAGAAGAGAAGACAUCCAAUCCCGAAACACCUCUUCCUCAAGAAAACGGCUGCCCCACGAGUAGAGAGAGCUACAGACACAGUGGAGGUAAUGUUACAUAAACAAUGUUCGAAACGCUUAUUAUGCUAUUUACAGAGAUAGCACUGGCGAUCUGAACCGGUCAGUGGUGGAAAAAAAGCACUUGU